AUUACAAAAUCUACACAAAUGUGUAAAAACUGAAAGAUCAAAAACCAUAAUAUGCCAAUAUAUGAAUAUUUACUCGAUAUAUUGUAUAUAUACAACUGUAUUGGAUAUAAUUAUAAAAAACUGUAUCGAAAAUCUCAUCUCAUCGCGUCGAUUGUUUAACAUGAAUACAAUUUUCGUUACAGACAUUUCUUUAUGAAUCUAUAAAAGCUUAAGUGAUGAAUUCAUUCGAUAUCAUUCAUUAGUUUUACAAUAUCAAAAUAUAUACAAGCAGUGGUAAAUAUUUGCGGGUAAGGCGCAAAAAUGAAGAUAAUUGUUUUUCUAUUGAUCGUAAUGAUAUGUCGCUCCAAUUGCACGCUAUUGAAAUGGCUAAUUCUCGCUAGUAAAGGCAGCGCUGCAAGCAGCAGCAGCAGCAGCAGCAGUAGUACCAGUAGUAGAAGCAGUUCAGACGAAAUUAAUAUGUCGGUGACUUCUUUCGGCGACGACAAUAAGAAUUCUAAUAUGGUUAACGAUCAUACCGGUUACUACGCGAAAGAAAUCAAUUAUAUUCCCAAGCAUAAUAUCCCAGACUAUAGCGUUCCGGUUCCUCAAGCUUUUACCAUAAUUCUGCAGCAAAAUGCUGGAUACAAUCCUGAAUUUUUUGCAAGUUCUCCAAUUUACAAAACAAUUCCAACAUAUCAUCAGCCCUAUGUUCAUGAUAUAGGUCAUAAUAGAAAUUUAGAAACCUACAAAAUUAUCGAUCAUCGACAAUAUCCCUUGCCAGCACCGGUCGAAACUUCGUUACCCUAUCAAGCGAAUUUAUAUAAACCAUUAGCAUCGUUUAAUGCAUUUUUGCCGAGAAUUACCAAAGUUCUUGUUCAGAACAAAGGUGCCGAUGUGGCGGUCACAACCAAUAACUAUAAUUCCCAAAUUCGAAUGAAUUAUGGUGAAAAAGGUGAAGCAUUUAUAACACCGAAUAAAGGUGAAUAUGACGAUUAUUUUAAAAGUGGUCAUGUAGUACAGAACGGUAUCGUUACGGUAAAAGAGGGUGAAAAACCUUCAAUCUGCAAGAAUCUGGACUAUCAACCGAUUGAACAUCAAGAAACUGCUUCCUAUGGCAAUAGAAAUUAUCGUAGCACAAGAGAGCGUUUCUAGCACACAGUUCCGUCAUCAUUCAUUCUCUUAAUGGAAAUUUUUGAUUGUAAAAGAUUUUGUAUUCCUUAAGAGUGCAAUCGAAUGAUAUGAAUGUGAUAUUUUAUAUAUAAGUUAUACGUAAGGUAAAAACAUUGUAGUUGACCACAACGCACUAUUGACUACCCUACUUCAUAACUUCGCUUAACGAAGCUUACACAAAAUGAGAUGUUAUACGGAAAGUGUUUGAAAAAAUGAUCCGAUGCGACUCACUUUCAAUCACGUUCGUCGUUGAGCAGAAGGACGAAGGAGGAGUGUAUCAAAUUUCUUCGUAUUUUUAUAUUCUGACACUAAAACAUAAGACACGCAGCUGGACAGAGGGACAGAAAAA